CACCUUCACCCCUUUUCUCUCUUCAUCUUUUCACCUUCUAUCCUUAAAAUACUAUUACUCUUUUCAAUUUCAUUUAUAUAGACAUAUUUAAACAUAAAUUUGUGUGUGUGUAGAUACCCAAAUAAAUAGUGCAAAGCAAUUCCUCUUCUCUUUUCCAGAAGAAUCUAGUAGCAGCGAGCCUUCACAUUCACGUUCACAUUCACAUUCACAUUCACAUUCACAUUCACAUUCACAAUCACAUAGAUAUCUCACUUGUUUCAUUGCUGAUUUUGCAAUUUGCUCGCAACAAUCAAAUCCAAUGUCGGUUACCCUGCACACAAACCUAGGUGAUAUCAAAUGCGAAAUCUUCUGUGACGAGGUUCCUAAAACCUCCGAGAAUUUUUUAGCGUUGUGUGCGAGUGGUUUCUAUGACGGGACUAUAUUUCACCGCAAUAUCAAAGGUUUCAUGAUUCAAGGUGGAGACCCAACUGGUACUGGCAAAGGGGGGACUAGUAUAUGGGGCAAGAAAUUCAACGACGAGAUAAGAGAAUCUUUGAAGCACAAUGCAAGGGGAAUGUUGUCAAUGGCCAACAGUGGUCCAAAUACUAAUGGAAGUCAGUUCUUCAUAAGUUAUGCUAAGCAGCCACAUUUGAAUGGACUAUAUACUGUGUUCGGAAGAGUGAUUCAUGGAUUUGAAGUUCUUGAUCUCAUGGAAAAGACUCCAACAGGGGCAGGAGAUCGACCACUUGCAGAGAUAAGGCUCAAUCGUGUAACUCUACAUUCUAAUCCACUUGCUGGUUAGACUGAAUUCUACAAUUUAUGUAAAAUUGAAGUUUCUAUUUCCCAAAACAAUUGAUCUAACUUCUAAAUAGAACUCAAGGAGAAUUCUUACAUGCUGAAUUGAGUACUUGGUCACAUCUUCGAUUUUUAUUUUGGUAAAAUAGUAAAAUGUACAUGGAACAUAUUUGAGGCAAAAUUGUGUGAUGACAAGUUACUGCAGUUUGCCAACAUUGAAUACUCCUUUUGUCUUGGGUUCUUUUGUUGCCAUUCACUUUUUAAUGGAUGGUUUGUGACAUAAAUGAUAACUUUCAAGCAUA